AUGGCGCUCUCCUCUACCCAAAUGAUCCUCCUUUGCGCUAUUGGCAUUGUCCUGCUGGCUAAGCCGGCCCUUGCCUUCGGUGCAGGCAAUAUCGGCUCAACCUCCAAGAUCGAAGGCGAGAACUGGCGUCAUGGAGACCUCGAAGACACCCUGCUAACCAUUGUUGCUUCACGUGCCAUGGGAGGAAAGAAGUUCGGUAAACUCGAUGUCAAGAGAGUCUAUUUCGGGAACUGGCUUCGUGAUUACAGCCAGGCCGUGGAUGUUGGGACGGUCAAAUAUGUCAGCGCUGAAGCCAUUCGAAUCCUUCUCUGGGUCCUUGGUUUUAUGUCCUUCGGCUAUGGUUCAGGUGAAUUUGAAGUUACCACCGAGCGACUAGGAUGCUAUCGACCGGAGGAACACAUCGACAAUCCCAAAGACUAUGCGGACAAUCAGGAUGCUCGACAGUACGAUCGCCGCCUGCGAGGUCCCGUUGAUGAACGUCGUGAGCUGUCCAUCAACCCGCAAACUGGACUGAAGAAUUACAUCGCCUCGGAGGGUAUGGGGAUUGAUACAUCUGCCGGCUUGGUUCGAAAACUCUUCGGCCGCUCCAUUCAGCUAGGUCGCCAAUACUCUCGCAGCAAGGACAAGAAGGACCUCUAUGAAGCACUCCGACUCCUGGGCACCGGAUCGCACUGCUUGGAAGACUACGCAGCACAUUCCAACUACGUCGAACUGGCUCUGAUCGAACUCGGCGAGCGCGAUAUCUUCCCUCAUGUAGGUCGUCGUACUGCCAUCCAGCUUCAGCAGGUGCGACAUGCCGUCUACCCCAUCGUGACCGGCACAUUUGGCGGCGUCGACUUUCUCCAUUCAGUCUGCGGUGAAUUCGAUGACAAAGCAACCCAAUCCGAAAUCGAAGAACUAGAAGGUACCAUGCAACAGUACGAAAACGGCAAUGAGGACAACAGCAUCCUGCAAGACCUCCUCAACAAGGUCCCUUCGGGAGUUUUUGGUGGCAAGGAUGAGGCGGGAAAAGCAGACGAACUAAAACAAAACUCGCUCAACCACAAGAUGCAAAACACCCGCAUCUCACCACGACAACCGGAGGAAUGGACCCAGUACCUCGACGAUGUGCAGAAACAAAUCCUUCCCAUCAUCGAGUGGCAUGAUGAGAUCCUAAAAGGCAUCACCGAGACGAUCGAAAACAUCCCCAUUCUGCCAGACCUCAUCGAACAGCUCCAGGACGAGAUCAAUAAGUUUGUCUUCACUCUGCUUGCACCCUACGUGGUCCCUCUUAUCAACCAGGUCAAGUCGGAGCUCAAUACCGGAUCCAGCGAGAUCAUUAACUCAAGCAAGGAACAACAGCACGUUGUUUUCAACGAUGACAGCUCCUCCGAUCCCACUCACUCGAUGCUUGCCAAGGACCACUUCUCCAAUAUUCUCAACGAACCUGCAGGUAAAGUUGCGAGACAGACCGUGAAGUGGGUGGUUCCGCAGAUCGUUGCUUGCUGGGACGAUGAGAGCAUCGACGUUGAUCGCACUCUAAACCGCAUCAUCAACGGCGUCCUGCACCAUCCUGCCCUACGCGACAACGGUCAAGAUGGAGCCAGUGACGGCAGACAUCUCAUGUUCAGCGUCGUAGAAGAAUGGUGGGGGAGCAAGAGCGAGCGGGAGAAGGAUGGCUUGCGCCGUCAACUCAGCCGCGAAGGCGUGCGGUCCGGCGAGAACCAUAAGCCCGGAGUUGAGGAUCAUGGUCACGGUAGUAAUCGACCUCUCACCAUGGCAAACGUCAAUUACAACAACCAGUCUGGCAAUGGAGGUGAUGCUUUCGGCGCCAUUGGCUCAGCUCUUGGCGGCGGCGGAAAUCAAGCAGGUGGCAGACCUUCCAAUGCCGCUGCAGACAGCAUUGGCAAUAUGGCUGGCGCAGCAGUUGGGGGCGGAGUGCUUGGAUCUCUCGUCGGAGGAUUGGCCAGCGGGCUUGGUGGCAAUCUCCUCGGCGGUGGUCUGGACGAUAACAAGGAGACGUUCAAGCGAGAUUCGUACGCCCGGGACGGUUCAUACACCGAGACCGUGACUCAGGUUGGCGAAUCGCAAUCCGGCGAUCGUUAUGGUCAAGCACAAUACUCGCGCACCACUGGCCCCGGCAGCGGUCCUGCGCACGAGGAAUACAACCGCUUCGAGCAGACCGAGUACGGAGGACGCUUACAGUCUGAAGUCCGCCACCAAGAGCGGACCAGCUCUGGGCAGUACCAUGAGGAGACUCGGUGA